AUGGAGCUGAAAGUGUGGGUGGACGGAGUGCAGCGCAUCGUGUGCGGGGUCACGGAGUUCACCACAUGCCAGGAAGUGGUCAUUGCUUUGGCACAAGCCAUUGGUCGCACCGGAAGAUAUACUUUGAUCGAGAAAUGGCGGGAGACAGAACGUCACUUGGCUCCAAAUGAAAACCCAGUGGUCUCCCUCAACAAGUGGGGUCAGUAUGCCAGCGACGUGCAGCUCAUCCUCCAACGAACCGGCCCGUCCGUUAGCGAGCGGCCCACCUCUGACGGGCAGGCUCGCGUCCCAGAGCGUGGACUCUACCGGCAGAGCCUGCCACCUCUGGCCAAGCUCCGCCCGUCAGGGACAGACCGCUCGCUCAAACGAAGGGAACCCAAACGGAAGUCUCUGACCUUCACUGGGGGGGCCAAGGGUCUGCGGGACAUAUUUGGAAAAAGCAGAGAUGCUGAAGGUAGAGUGUUUAUAGCAUCUGUACCUGGGAGUCCAGCCAGAGAGCUGAGCCGCCUGGUGCAGCUGCAGAGAGACAAACUGCAGGCCCUGGAGAGCCGUCUGCUGGGCUGUGAGGCUGAGCUGGGAGAAUGGGAGGAGGCCGCCGGCGAGGCCAAUGAAAAUCUGGAGGAGGAGCUGCUGCUUUUAGAGCAGCAGGUGAGGAGGAACGAUGCUGAGAUGGAGGAGGAGGAAUUCUGGCACAACGAGCUGCAAAUCGAGCAGGAGAGUGAGCGGCAACUCCGGCAGCAGCUCGUCGAACUGCAGGCCCGUGUGCGCGACUGCGAGGCCAAGCUUUCAGAGUACUUAGCACGCAUACAGAACAUGGAGACGGGCCUGGAGCAGGAGCGGCUGCAGCAGGAGGCCGAGCUCAACCAGAAGAUCAAUGAGGAGGAGGUGCAGGCCCAGCUGGAGAAAGUGAGGGCAGAGCUGGAAAUGCAGAGCCAACAAACAGCGCGGCUGGAGAGCAGCUGCAGGGCGUUGGAACGCUCACUUGGCCAAUCAGGGAAGAGAUUACAGGAAAAGGAGCAGGAGCUGGAGCAGCUGACAAAAGAGCUACGACAGGUCAACCUGCAGCAGUUCAUUCAGCAGACUGGUACCAAGGUCACUGUGCUGCCUGCUCAACCUACAGAGAACAACAAUGGCACGUACACACACACACACACACACACACAUUCUGGUUCUCUGACAAGACGUGGCUCCUCACGUCUCUUACCCAGCGACCUCCGCGCUCUUCAGACCACCAUCUCCUCCAGCCUCAACCCCGAGGGCAUCUACGUUUGACCCAGGAAACGUUAUUUGGGCAGUA